AUCGAUGUGUAAUAGUACUGCCCAAUAGUGCUGCCCCAAAUAUCUAUUUCAGUUUUCUCACACGUGUGUUCUAUGAUAGACGUGAUGGCAGUAAAAUAUAUUAUUUUGUUCUCCGCGUGCUUUGUGCUAGCCUUAACUCAAGAUAAUGUAUUGCAAACUGUUAAUGGAAGAAUAAAGAUUACUGUGGGUACCACAUCAGGAUGCUCUGAUACAGUAAAUUUUAUUAACAACCAGCUGGUACCAACAGUUCAAGCGUAUGGAGAGUUUCUUGACAUUGAGUUUGUACCGUGGGGUAGGACAAGGUGGGAGGACAAUGAAAUCUUAUGUCAAUUUGGUAUUACCGACUGUUGGGCUAAUCGUCUACACCGAUGCGUUCUGGACAAGUUGAAGAAUGACCAAGUGGCCAUGCUCCAUUAUAUGGCUUGCGAGUUUUCUUCGCCGUACCCAUCGUACUUGCAAGGGACUUAUCUCUGUGCUCAAGCUGUCAGCUUAAACCUGCUCGAUGUUGAUUACUGUGUCGCUAAUCCUAAAGACAGUUUGGAUAGAGAAGCUUCGGCAGCUGCAGUGGACCCAAUGGAAACAAUCAAUUUCGUUCCGUACAUCAUGUUCAAUGACAACUUGAAUCUGGAACUGCACCGGCAAGGGUUCAGCAGGCUCGCGAGUUUGGUCUGUUUUGCUCUGGCGGAGGACCCGACUACUGGGGUAACUAACUGUUCUAUUUAAAACCAGUUUUAAGACUAAUAUACAUGAAAACACAAUUUACGCGAUUUUUCUUAGGCACAGUUUUACCCGUUCUGGUUUCACCUAUGUAGUGUAAUUGAGAGAUUAACUAAAAAUCACGGUUUACUCACGUAAACUAAUGGAGAAAAGCUCUACUAGUUCCGAGUCACAGAGGGACUCUUCAUUACGAGCAGCGUGCGCAGACGCGGCGACAUUGUGCAGAAAGUUUUUCUGCAUUAAUUUACGCGAGUAAACUGUUAAUUUAAUAUGUCUCACGAUAGUUAUUAUAAAAAUAUUAUUGAGGGAAAAUUGUGAAUAUAGAAAAUGUGUAAAAGUAUGUGUUUGUUAAGCUAUCAGGAAAAUAUAUAGGCCCAUUGUACCUAUACUAAGUACUGGUGCCGAUUUUGUACAAAAUGAGUCACUUUUGCGUCGUGUUUAAUCGAUACGUGCAAAUGGAUAAUCGUCAAGAUUAUGACUAAUAACUUAGUGAAAUUAUAUAAGAGGAAGCAUUCUAUUCUUUCAGUAUUCCUAAAAUUAGAUUAGAAUGAGUAUCGACAAAAAACCAAUGCAUAGCAGCUACUAGCAUUGUCAUAUAUACGACAAUAAUUAUGUCAAAGCUUAAGUUUUUAUCUACUCUAGGAAAGCUGGUAUUGUAAAAUGUUUGUGAUAUUAUAUGUUUGCAAUAAAUACUUUAAAUUGUA